AUGCAGCCAUCUUUUUGUGGGCAGGUGCUCACUUCCUUUAUUGCUUUUUCAAUUUUUAUUUAUAACAUUUCCACUCUUUCCUUCUUUUUCCUUCUUUCCUUUUUUCUUUCUGUCUUUCUUUCUUUCCUUCUUUUUCUUUCUUUCUCUCCUUUUUCCUUUCUUUUUUCCCUUCUUUUUCCUUUCUAUCAUUCCUUCUUUUUCUUUCUUUCUCUCCUUUUUCCUUUUUUUCCCUUCUUUUUCCUUUCUAUCAUUCCUUCUUUUUCUUCUUUCUUUCCUUCUUUUUCUUUCUUUCUCUCCUUUUUCCUUUUUUUUCCUUCUUUUUCCUUUCUAUCAUUCCUUCUUUUUCUUCUUUCUUCCUUCUUUUUCUUUCUUUCUCUCCUUUUUCCUUUUUUUUCCCUUAUUUUUCCUUUCUAUCAUUCCUUCUUUUUCUUCUUUCUUUCCUUCUUUUUCUUUCUUUCUCUCCUUUUUCCUUUUUUUCCUUCUUUUUCCUUUCUAUCUUUCCUUCUUUUUUUCCUUCUUUUUCCUUCUUUCCUUUUUUCUUUCUGUCUUUCUUUCUUUCCUUCUUUUUCUUUCUUUCUCUCCUUUUUCCUUUCUUUUUCCCUUCUUUUUCCUUCUUUCUUUCUUUUUCUCGGCAUUUUUUUCUUUCUUUUCCAUCAAUUUGCAUCUUUCUUUUUCUAUUUUUGCAACUCUUUCUCUUUUUUUUUCUAUUUUUGCAAUUUUCUUUCUUUUUUUGUAGUCUUUCUAUUCCUCCUUUUCACUUUAUUUGCAAUUUCUUUCUUUCAUUCAUUCUUUUUCUCUUCUGUUUUUGCAACUCUUCAUUCUUUUAUCUAUUCUUGCAAUUCCUUUAUUUUUAUUUUUCUAUUUUUGCAAGAAUUUCUUUCUUUCUUUCUUUCUUUCUUUACUAAAAUUUGCACGAAGUAUCACAGCUAG